CGCAGCCUGCUGGCCCGUCAGCUGACACAUAAACAACUAUGGCCGCUCCCGAGUUAAGUUUUCAGAUAGUGUACGAGUUUUUCGUGGAAAACGGUGGUAAAGUGAAAAACAAGGACGCUGUGCGGCAUUUUAAACGAUACCUGACGGAUCCGGCAAGAAAAAAUGAAAACAGACUGCGGUUCAAGGAAUACGUAAACGCGUUGGCGCACACUAAACAAGAAGGUGACGAAAAAGUCCUUAUCCUCAAAACCAAGUACCUAAACCGGCAAGAACCACCGUCCUCUCCUCUAAGCACCUCCAGCAGUUCUCUCAGCCUCACUCAGAACGACCCAAGAAACAAUGUGGGAUUGCCGAAUGUUCCUGUUGGAAGUGGCUUCCAAUCGUAUGGCAGCACUACCUCACUUAAUACACCGACAAGACAGCCGCCUCCUUAUAGAAAUCCGCCUCCAGUGGUGUCGCCUUCAGCUUCCCUGGAUAGUAUCAGUCUGAGCUCAGCGUCCACUCAGGAAGAGAGGCCAUCGGCGCCUCCAAGGCGCCGAUCAAACGCAACAGAAAGUGAUGGAGCUCAGACUAGCAAGGAGAAUAACCUUGCCAGUCCAGAGGAUAAUAAGGAAAACAUGGAGAAAAGUGGGCUGAGUGUUAAGGAGAGGACGCAGCAAUUCAACCGAUUGGCUUCUGUGGAGGACGAGCUGAGCCCGAGGGUUCCAAAGAGUGCAGAAAAGGACCGAAACAAGAGCUGGAUGGCUGAUGAUACGGACAUUUCUCCUCUAACACCGUUGGAACCAAAAAAAUGCCAAGAAUGGUACGUGACAGCGAGUAGAGGAGAUUGCCAGGAGCUGCUGAAGCUGGCCAGAGACGAGCCAAGAUUAGUCAACAAAAAGGACCCCUUCACGGCGACUGUUUUACACUGGGGAGCCAAAUAUGGAAAUGCUGAAAUAAUCAAGAUAUUUGCCGGAAAAUACAAGGUGAACGUCAAUGGAAAAACGAAUGGGGGUUAUACACCUUUACAUAUAUCGGCCCAGUUUGACCACAGAAACAUUUUCAAGCUACUCAUCGAAGUGUACAAAGCCGACACAAAGAUCCGAGACUACAGUGGCCGUACGGCCGAGUACUAUCUUCUGAGCAAAGAACAGAAGGAAAACAGCCAGGUGACGCUACGUAAAACUAAAGGAAGGAAGAAGCAAUCGGAUAAAGACUUGGGCUUUCUGAGGAUCGGUUCCUUGAACGUGAGGGUCAAGAAGACUACAGAGGCCUUCAGCAACUUCUUAGGAGUAGGAAAUAGUGGAUCCGUAAAUCCGAUCAAUUCCACGUCGGAAGAAGUGCAGAAAGGCUGGGGAUCGGCCGACAAUAUCAGCAAGGAUUGUACGAUGCAACCGCCCAAAGGCGUUUUUCGAAAAAAGUCAAAACGAGCUGCAGAUUCAGGGCUGAGUAGCACGCCGUCAACCCCAAGGGCCCCAGUAAAGAACUACUCGACCAGCAGCCUCCCUUUAACUCAUCAUAUCAACGACUCAGAUUCGGACAAUGCGGCCGGAUUUGACUCUAACUGGCAAAAUUAGCCCAACCAAUGAAUCUACUUAAUCGGAAGCGCUUAAGACGUAACGUGGUUGUAUUUUAGUAUGUUUGGCUCAUUCAUAAAUGAGCAAAUUGCAUUAAUAUAAUGCCGAAUAGUUGAGGCACUGCGUGCAAAUAUUUGUUGUAUGUGUAAAAAUCAAAAUGUUUAUCAUCGUGACGACAAAAAAGCUUUCCGCAUACCCAUAUGAAACAUCUGAAAAAUUUGCCGAAGUGAAUGAAAACACUCACUGUUGUGUGCGGCAAAACAAAUUUAACCCGCAUAGUCAUGUUGUUUUUUCCGCGUCAUCUGGCCAGCACCUGGAAAAAUCCCGAGUUUUUGCAAUUUGAUUCACUGUGCCAUUCAGGAAGAUACUUUUCUCAAAUGGCGCGUCCAGGAAAAAAGCAAUCAAGCGAGCAGUGCGUUGAUAAUAUCUAGUCGCGUGUCGAUUAAUAGAAUCCAAGCAAUCCAGCCUGGAAACGGUUUGUUCCAAAUUUUAACACCUGAAAUCCGGUGUUGAAAAUAGAUUGCUGAAAACGGUGUUACGGUUGCGUAAAUAUACAGAUACGAGGUACUUUUAUGUACGCAAACCAACUCAAAUAGCCAGACAUUGUGCAGCUUUACAACACAUUGAACCCCCUGGUAAUCGCUUCGAGCACAUCUUGCCGAAUAAAGUGUGCGCAAAGCACUUUUUUUUAUCUAAACCAAAAUUAAAAAUGUAUCCUGUACUGUAUGAUAAACGGAAGUAGAACACGGUACAUGUGUGGCUCUUGUGUAGUGCAUGCGGCAUUUUUUUCAGAUUAUUUCAUAUGGUUAUUAACGGGAAGUAUACAUUAGUCGACGGUGUACAGGUUAAUGUUUACGGCAUUCUAUCAGUUGUUUUCGAUUUAAUCGAGAUGUUGCGGAAAAUGUUGAAAAAAUGUUCAAUGUGCGCUUAGUUUACGAGGUUGUUUAUUUAUAAUUAUGUACUGCUAUAAAAAUCAGUCAAUAAAUAGAAUAUUUUACA